UGGUUUUGUGUUGAAAUGACCAGAGCUCUUUUGCUUAUAAAAUUGUAUGAUUUCUUCCAGGUUCUGCAGAAUCAUGGCUUUUCCACCAAAGAACACAGAAGAAAGCAAACUAAGGUGUAUGAUUUAACGCAAUAUGAGUUCAGUUACUCUGCAGAAGAAACACAAAGAAUAUUGGAAAUUUUAAAUCAUUCUUCAGAAGAAGACUUUUCUGAAUUUAAGAUAACAAAAGGGAUGGCAAAGAAACUGAUAAAAGGAAGAUCACAACUUGGCAUCUUUCAAAAUGUAUCACAGCUUUUAAAUAUAGAUGGAUUUGGUUUGAAAAAUGUGGAAAAUAUUUGUGAAAAAGUAUUAAAUGAGGAGCCCACUCAAACACUAAAAGAAGAGGAAUUAGUACAGUCAAAAAUUGUAAUUUUUAAAAAACUUGUGAAGCCCAAAGUUGACCCUCAGAUUAUUAGGGAAAUGGAAACUUUACUGGCAUUAGAUGUUAUGGUUGGUGGUUUAUCUUGGACUCUGCUAGAUCGACAUGGUGUUUUAAUAGAUAUAGGAUAUGAAGAAUUGCUCUCCAAAGGUCAACGAUUUGAUGCUCCAAAGAUAUAUGAUAAGGUAAUUAUGUAUUAGUCUACACUGCAAUAA